CGAUCGCAUAAAUAUUAAUGAGGAAAAAUAUUUACCCGUUUAAGCCGUGUAGAAAGCUGUAACACUAUAAAGUAAACUAUAUAAACAUUUCUUCGAUAUGGCUGGCGUUCAUCGGGAAGCGAUUCAAAAGCAAAUCCACCAGGACUGGGCUAAUCGUGAAUAUAUUGAAGUCAUAACAACUAGCAUCAAACGAAUCACAGAUUUUCUCAAUUCUUUCGAUAUGAGUUGUCGUUCUCGUUUGGCGACGUUGAACGAAAAAUUGACCGUAUUAGAGAGACGCAUCGAUUAUCUUGAGGCGUGUGUGACGAAAGGGGAAACUCUCACAUAAAGAAAGAAGUAACAGCAGUAAACAUCUAUCAUCUGGAUGCAUGAACACCGGGUUCCGAUAAUCCUAGUUUUAAGUAUGAAUCUGAUCGUUGUAGUCAGAUUUAACACGAAGUAUAUGAAACUAAAGCAAAUCAUCAAAGAACUUUCUUUUUAGUCUGAAUAAAAAAUAAAGCCAAAUGUAAAUCAUUUCGAAUUGGUUAGACUUCCA